UAAUCCACCUAUUUUUAUUCGGCUCACCCACCCCAAAAUCCCCCAUCCCGACCCGAUCAAAAAUCGAAGUUUCCACCGAGUUCCCCAUCGCCGACUCGCCCGGAUCGACCAGCCGACGGGUUCGCCCCGGCCAUCCGCUCGAUUUGAGGCCGGGGAGCUGCUGUUGGUGGUGGAUCGCAUCGCCGGAGUGGUUCGAUUCGGUGGGGGGAUUUCGCGGGGUAGCGGGGAUCGAAGGGAGCAGCCAUGAGCGAGGUGUUCGAGGGCUACGAGCGGCAGUACUGCGAGGUGUCCGCCUCCCUGUCCCGCAAGUGCACCACCGCCUCCGCCCUCGAUGGAGAGAAGAAGAAACAGAAGCUGUCCGAGAUCCAGUCCGGCGUGGAAGAAGCUGAAUCGCUGAUUCGGAAGAUGGACCUAGAGGCGAGGAGCCUACAACCAAGCGUUAAGGCCGGUUUGCUUGCGAAGCUGAGGGAGUACAAAUCUGACCUCAACAAUCUCAAGAGUGAGCUUAAGAGGAUCUCAGCACCCAAUGCAAGGCAGGCUACACGGGAGGAGCUCCUUGAGUCAGGCUUGGCUGACACACUCGCGGCAUCUACUGACCAAAGGGGAAGAUUGAUGAUGACAACAGAAAGACUGAAUCAGUCCAAUGACAAGAUUAAAGAGAGCCGAAGAACCAUUUUGGAGACAGAAGAACUUGGUGUGUCAAUUCUUCAGGACCUUCAUCAACAACGGCAGUCUCUGCUGCAUGCUCAUAGUACUUUGCAUGGGGUUGAUGAUAAUAUUGGCAAGAGUAAAAAGAUCCUGGCGGCAAUGUCAAAGAGGAUGGAUAGGAACAAGUGGAUCAUUGGGGGAAUCAUUGCAGCUCUUGUUCUGGCCAUUCUUCUAAUACUGUACUUUAAGCUCACUUAUUGAGCCUGCUUUCUGCUAGGUUUGCGAUGCAAUUUCUGCUCAGUAAUUGUGUGAUAAAACAGUUGUCUGAAUGAUGUGCAUUGGGCAACACAUGUCUCUCCAAGCACACAUGUUUCCCCAAACUUCUGGUAUUUGUGUGGCUCAUCGCUCAUGUCAUGUAAUGUAUAGUGAACGUGCACUCCAAUAUGUAAAAUGUCUAAAGAGGGCUUAAAAUUGAAUGAAAUGUGGCUCAUAUUGAGUUCUCUUUGUCCAA